AGUGAUUUGGAAAUCGAAAUUUGAGCACUUUCUUAUCAACAUCGUCGGCAUUAUUGCACCCAUCGUGAAUCACAAGUGCAGAUCAGACAAAGCUGCAGAUCUGGAUUAUCGGAGUAGUGGUGUUUUAACAGUGACCAAGUACCGUCGAACACCGUUAGUUACAAGUCAACGAUUUAAUCAUCGGGUAAAGUGCUCAGUGAGAAGCGCAGAAAUAGGGGGUCCCAGCGCUAUGCAGAGGGCCAGCAUUGGCGGCGGUCCGGGGCCUCUGGGCCUGCAGGGGCCCCCGCGGUCCCUAAAAAUAUCGCCUGUCAAAAUUCAAGAUGAGUCGGGAGAUCCUUUGUCCCAAACAAGCAGAACUUCCCACUGCGUCGGAUGCGGUGGACGGAUACACGACCAAUGGAUACUCCGGGUUGCACCUGACCUCGAAUGGCACGCGGCGUGUCUGCGGUGCGCCGAAUGCCAGCAAUUCUUAGACGAAACUUGUACCUGCUUCGUACGCGAUGGAAAAACCUACUGUAAACGGGACUAUGUCAAGUUGUUCGGUACGAAAUGCGACAAGUGCAGCCAGUCCUUUAGUAAAAACGAUUUCGUGAUGAGGGCGAAAAGCAAGAUCUACCAUAUCGAGUGUUUUCGGUGUUCAGCCUGCAUGCGGCAGUUGGUACCCGGCGACGAAUUCGCCCUGAGACACGAUGGGCUCUUCUGUCGCCACGACCACGACGUUCUCGAAGGUGGUAAGCUCUGUUCUGGCCCCGGAGGAGUCCCGGGUAGCGAAAACAACAACAACGCCUCCCUAACGAACAACAACCACCACCUGCAUCCGAACGACGGUUCGAUGUCCGACUCCGGGUCAGAAAGCGGGUCCCACAAGGCUGGAACCGGUGGACCUCGAGGGUCUGGAGGUCACAAAGGUGGCGGUGGAUCCGACGGGAAACCGACCAGGGUGCGGACGGUGCUUAACGAAAAACAGCUACACACCUUGAGGACCUGCUACGCGGCGAAUCCGAGACCAGACGCUCUGAUGAAGGAACAACUCGUCGAGAUGACCGGACUCAGUCCCAGGGUUAUCAGGGUCUGGUUUCAGAACAAACGGUGCAAGGACAAGAAGAAAACCAUCGCCAUGAAGCAGCAGAUGCAGCAGGAAAAGUAUUUCCCGUUGCAGGACGGGCGAAAGUUGGGCUUCGGCGGGAUGCACGGGAUCCCAAUGGUCGCCAGCAGUCCGGUACGUCACGAAAGUCCAAUCGGAAUGACGCCUCUCGAGGUCCAGGCGUAUCAACCGCCUUGGAAGGCUCUUUCAGACUUCGCCCUCCACACGGACCUCGAUCGGCUCGAUCCAAACGCCCCACCGUUUCAUCACCUGGUCUCGCAGAUGCAUGGUUACGACCUUCACGGAGGACCACCACCCCCACUGCCUCCGCCAGGAAUGCUUGGCGGUCCGAUGAGCGACGGAGGCGGCGGUGGAGGUCCUUUGCCACCCCCGGGUGGUCACCACCCUGGUGGAGGUGGUCCGGACAUGGGCCAACACCCGGACAGCACGGACAGCUACGUGACGUAUCUCGAAAGCGACAGCGACUCCCUUCACCACGACACAGGAAGUCCAUAGUGCCAUCCGCUCAACCUGUGUUGCACCUACCACCAAUCCUCUGCCGCCGUCGCACCUGCAGCCUCGUCCGAAAUAGUACCGUGCAUCACCUACAGCGUGCCCUAGCCAAGAACGUUUAAAACGCGUUCCAAAACUCUUACA